AUGGCAAACCCACAUCAAAUAGCUAAUGAAUUUCCAUCUUUUGAUUUAGGCAUUGAAGACUCUGAGAAUUUAUCAAAUCUCAUUGUUGAAGACUCUCUGGAUUUGAACAAAGUUCCUGAAGUAGUUCUAACUCCAACAAAUGAAAGUGCAGAAAAUCUCACUCCAAAAAAUGAAAGUGAAGAUGCUCUAACUCCAACAAAUGAAAGUGCAGAAAAUCUCACUCCAAAGAAUGAAAGUGAAGAUGCUCUAACUCCAACAAAUGAAAGCACCAUUGUUGAAUUACUAGAUAUGAGUGAUUUUGAUCUGAACAAAUUACCGGCAUUGGACUUCGGUGUCAAGCAAGAAGAGGUUAAAGACAUGAUAAAAAUUUAUUUAGAUUAUUUGAACUAG